UCCAGUUUUGUCACAGUCACAGACCAAGUAGUGUGUUUUGUGAACGUGUUUUGUUGACUUCUAAUCCCAGAUUUUUUAGGAUCUAAGCACUUUUGCUUAAUUUCAAUCAUGUCAGAAAGUACAGAAAAGGUAGAAAGCUGCUCUGAUGCUCGCCGGAGGAUUUUAAAUAUAGCUGUAUCUACAGUUUUGCUCGAAACUGGGUUCGAAGCUUCAGAUAAAAUGUCGUUGGAAACCCUCACUGAAAUACUCCAAUGUUUCUUAACAGAAGUUGGUAAUUCUGCUAAGGGUUACUGUGAGCUGUCAGGAAGGGUGGAGCCAGUACUGGGAGAUGUUGUAAUGGCACUCAUUAACAUGGGAAUCAGCCUGCAGGGCUUAGAACAGUAUGCAGCUCGUCCAAAUAGACAUGUGAUACAGCCACCACAACAGGCACCAGCCCCACGCACACCAGCCAUGUUAUCAGCUGGGUCCAAAGCUAAGCCGGCACCACACAUUCCUUUCCAUCUGCCCCCACUGCCUGAUCCACAUGCAUACAUCAGAACACCUACCCAUAAACAACCGGUGACAGAAUAUGAGGCUAUAAGAGAGAAGGCUGCUAGUCAGAAGAGGGAUAUUGAGAAGGCUCUCACAAAGUUCCUUGCCAAGACUAGUGAAACACACAAUCUAUUCAACACCGAUGACAAUCAAGUCUAUCCAUUGAUAGCCUGUAAGCCAACAUUCCCGGCAUAUUUGCCUUGCCUGUUACCAACAGAUCAAGUAUUUGAUUUUGAUGAGUUAGAAUAUCACUUCCAAGUGGCCAAUCGAACAGAGGAUAUGCCUUCAGACAAGAAAGAUCAAUCUGAUAAUGAAGGGGAAAAUGGUGGUGAUAAUGACAAUGCUAACAACUCUCAAACAGAUGGUCAAGACACCAUGCCUGGUAGUCCCGACCGAAAAACUUGAAUUAUUUAUUGUGAAUUUAGUGUAGCUAAAUAAGUAAUAACUUUAUAACAUAUUAAUGAUAUAAUUAUAUUAUUAUCAUAGAAAUUAUGA